AUGGAAGGAGCAAAAAGUUAUUACAUUGCAGCUCGAUUGAAAUGGGUAUGUGGCGAUGCUGAAGCGUUACCGUUUGAUGACAAUUCCUUCGAUUUAUAUACCAUAGCAUUCGGGAUCCGCAACUGCACCCAUGUUGACAAGGUUCUCAGAGAAGCACACCGAGUGUUACGGCCGUCAGGAAGAUUUGCUUGUCUCGAAUUCAGUCAAGUUGGUCCGUUGCUCAGGCCAUUCUACGACUUUUAUAGUUUCCAAAUAAUCCCCGUCUUGGGUCAUCUCAUUGCUGGUGAUUUCCGGAGUUAUCGUUACUUGGUGGAAAGUAUACGAAAAUUUCCCAAUCAGGAAGAAUUCAAAAGGAUGAUUGUGGAUGCUGGUUUUAGAAAUGUGAAAUACGAAAAUCUGUCCUGUGGAAUUUGUGCCAUUCAUACCGGUUCAAAAAGCUCUCCUAAUCAGUGA